CACAAACAAGCGGAAAAAGCCGGGCUUGGUACUGAACAGAGCUUUCGUGUGGAUCGCGUUUCGGAGCCACCUACCCCGCUGUGGAUCGUGCACGGAGACUGCAGAAAGCUCAACGCUGAACGUUGCUGGGCCGUGCGCUCGACGCUUUCCAAAACCCACCACAGAGGCACGAAAGAGACGUCGUCGUGGCCGCCGUGUAAUAAAAGAAGCAAAUCCGACUUCGUCUGGGGCUUUGGUGUCAGAGAGGGGUUCGAGAAAUUGUGCGCGGCUCGUAUAAGACAGUGUAAAUGGAGCUUUGAUAGCGAUCGGAAGGACAAAACUUGCUCUCAGCCGUCGAUCUCCAAAUCCAGUGUUUUUCCUUACUGUGUGUUAACCGUAACAGAAAACAAAAAACAACCCAAUAAAACUGUGCGCAAACGAACGAAAUACUCAACAGAUUUCCAGUCAGCCUUAAGUCAAAGAUGGCAAAACUGUUUGUGGUUUUUGCCGUUCUGGCUUUGGCGGCCUUUAACGAAGCCAAUGCCAGCGAUCCGCUGCUCCGAUUCAAGCGACAGGCCACCACCGAAGAGACCAAGAAGGAGGAGUCGUUCGAGAAGGAGCUCUGCAAGGACAAGGAUGCCGGCGAGUGGUUCCGCCUGGUGGCCGGCGAAGGCGACAACUGUCGCGACGUCAUCCAGUGCACCUCAUCGGGCCUGCAAGCCAUUCGCUGCCCUGCCGGUCUGUACUUCGACAUUGAGAAGCAGACCUGCGACUGGAAGGAGUCGGUGAAGAACUGCAAGUCCAAGAACAAGGAGCGCCGUGUCAAGCCUCUGCUCCACACGGACGAGCCACUCUGCCAGGACGGCUUCCUCGCGUGCGGCGAUGGCAACUGCAUUGAGCGCGGCCUCUUCUGCAACGGCGAGAAGGAUUGCUCCGAUGGUUCCGAUGAGAACACCUGUGAUAUCGACAACGAUCCCAAUCGUGCUCCUCCCUGCGAUCCCGCUGUCUGUGUCCUGCCCGACUGCUUCUGCUCGGAGGACGGCACCUCGAUCCCCGGCGAUCUGCCCGCCAAGGAUGUGCCCAUGAUGAUCACGAUCACCUUCGACGAUGCCAUCAACAACAACAACAUCGAGCUGUACAAGGAGAUGUUCAAGGGCCGCAAGAACCCCAACGGCUGCGACAUCAAGGCCACCUACUUCGUCUCGCACAAGUACACCAACUACUCGGCCGUCCAGGAGACAGCCCGCAAGGGCCACGAGAUCGCCGUCCACUCGAUCACGCACAACGACGAGGAGCGCUUCUGGUCGAACGCCACCGUGGACGACUGGGCCAAGGAGAUGGCCGGCAUGAGGAUCAUCACCGAGAAGUACGCCAACAUCACGGACAACUCGGUGGUGGGCGUGCGCGCACCGUACCUGCGGGUGGGCGGCAACAACCAGUUCACGAUGAUGGAGGAGCAGGCCUUCCUCUACGACUCCACCAUCACGGCGCCCCUGUCCAACCCCCCGCUGUGGCCGUACACCAUGUACUUCCGCAUGCCCCACCGCUGUCACGGCAACCUGCAGAGCUGCCCCACCAGGUCGCAUGCCGUCUGGGAGAUGGUCAUGAACGAGCUGGACCGUCGCGAGGAUCCUGCCAACGACGAGUACCUGCCCGGCUGUGCCAUGGUCGACUCCUGCUCGAACAUCCUGACCGGCGAUCAGUUCUACAACUUUUUGAACCACAACUUUGAUCGCCACUACGACCAGAACCGCGCUCCUCUCGGUCUGUACUUCCAUGCCGCCUGGCUGAAGAACAAUCCCGAGUUCCUCGACGCCUUCCUCUACUGGAUCGACGAGAUCCUGGCCAACCACAACGAUGUGUACUUCGUGACGAUGACCCAGGUGAUCCAGUGGAUGCAGAACCCACGCACCAUCAGCGAGGUCAAGAACUUCGAGCCCUGGAGGGAGAAGUGCGUGGUCGAGGGCAAGCCCGCCUGCUGGGUGCCCAACACCUGCAAGCUCACCUCCAAGGAGGUUCCCGGGGAGACCAUCAACCUGCAGACCUGUGUGCGGUGCCCCAACAACUACCCAUGGGUCAACGAUCCCACUGGCGAUGGUUUCUUCUAAGUCAGCGAGCGAGAUGAUCUUUCUGCCCCUCCC